AUGACUUCACCAGAUACCCCUUCCACGCUCUCAAGCAACAUUAGUAGCUCGCCCAUGCCCAUUCGUCCUUCUUCUGAGCAUUCACAUUCACAUUCGCCCGAUCGUCUUCGCCGCCGAAAUAGUGAGAUCGAAGAUCAUGACCCAUCUGUUUCCCACUCACGACCACGCCUUUCUCCAACGCUCGCGCGCUCCUACAAUCCCAAUGAUCCCGAUAUGCUCGAGCGGCAGCGUGCCAUGGAUGCCGACAUGGCCAUGCAGCUGUCCCGUGCACGCAGCAACACCAUCGUAUCUGCCAUUUCACCCACUAUAUCACCCAUAGGUCCUGGCCCUCGCCCUCUUUCCACAACUGCGGAGACGUCCCUACAGUUCCCGGCACUCUCGCUGCAGGAAGAGCAGGACAUGGCUGACGCGCAAGGACGGCCAUACUCGGACUCUGAUUCCGAUCGCGCUGACUAUCACCCUGGUCCGGCACCAGAAGUGCUCCUUAAUCACCUCAGCGCCGCUCAUGAUCCUUCACUUCUUGUAUCAAUGGACACUGCAGACAUAGAGGGGGGACUGCCGAUGUACCAAGCGAGCGUUGGUGCUACG